CCGGGAGCCCAGGAAGUGAGGGGCAUAAAGUGGGAGAGGAGCUUUCCGAGCGGACGGUGAGCACGAGUGACCCCAGAGUUGGACGUUGAAUUAGCCAAAAUGAUGCUGAAGCUGAUCACUCUGGCCGUGAUCGUGGCGCUGUGCUAUGGCGGUUCUUCUCCGAAUGUACAGGUGUAUACCUACAAACCGAUAAAGGAGGGCGAACCCAACGUGCUGCUCUGUCAUGCCAAAGAUUUCAGCCCCCCCAACAUCAAGAUGGAGCUGCUGGAAAAUGGAGUAGUCAUUCCCAAUGCCAAUCAUUCUGACCUGUCCUUUGAGUCAGAUUGGAGUUUCAAACUCACUCUUCAUGCAGCCUUCACCCCCCAGAGCAGGAACAAGUACUCCUGUAGGGUUAACCACAAUGACAAGUCAAAAGAGAUUCAGCUUGAUACCUACUAGCUUGUCACCGCAGAGGUAAGCAGUGACUCAGAGGAACAGCCAAGUUAACAGAGGAGACAUUUUCCAGCACAGAAUGCAAAUCGACAUACUGUGUUUUUCUUUUUUUUGCCCUCUCACUGAAAUUAUGAUGAGGCUACUCAAGGAAUCUACCAAUUCUGAGGGAUCAUAUCGAUUUCUUUCAAAUAAUCUUUAAGUGUAAAAUCAAUAAGUCAUCUUAAACGAAUUUACGUGAUGGGAGUAUGUUUGCUUUUGGCUCUGCAAUCUUUGUAAUUUACACCUUUGACAUUUUGUGUAUUUCUGAGAUGGCUUUAACUUUUACCUGUACUUGCUAAUGAAUUUGUGAAGUUCUGACUUGGGUUGUUCUAAAAUUGCUGUUCCAACAAUGUUGGAUAUACUGAAAAAUGAAGAAAAAAUGAUGAAUGCAAGAAAAAGGCCAGUUCAAAUCUAAUCUGCAAAAUUAGAUGAUGUAGAGACAGCAAUACCUGCGCAGGAGGCUAGCCAGAGCUAGGGCCAUUAAAGCUCAACCACUUGAAGAAUUGACAGUUAUUUGGUUUAGAUUUGGAACUCCAGUUGCUUUGCACUAAAGAGCAGACACAUACCUUAUGCCCUACUCUGUUAACGGUGUAUCCCAAAUAACCAACACAAUUUCUUGUCCUCAAAGCCAGGGAUUGGAACCCUGGGUCCAUGUGGAACGCCACAAGUCUGAACCCAAUCUCUUUCCCAACUUGCUUUCCAUUCCAUCUUCCUGAUUUAUCCUGGAAAAUCUUGCGAUUAGUGAAGUUAUCUUGACCGUGAGAUGUUGGAAUAUCACAAUUUUAACAUUUGGACUUGGCGUAAUACAGAGAUUAGCACCGCCACAUAGAUUAAUUUUUUUAGAGAGCCUCUUCUGCAAGCCAUAUAUUUCAACAUGUUAUUAAGAAUUUUUGCAAGUGGGAGUUUUGGGAUAGUGCAGAUAGCAGAUAGUGCUGUUAAGAAUAAUUACAUUCAAUAUAACUUUAAUUCCAUGUGAUACGUGCACUGUCUUUUACUAUUCUCUAUAUGCUUAUUGGUGUGAAUAAAAUUUCCCUCCUUAA